GAGGCUAUUGAGGCCUGGUAGGAGUGGAACGAAGCUUCCUGUUGUUCGAAACUGCACGUCUUUUUAUUCGAGGUGCUCCUCGUACAGCUUGGGUGAAAAUACUACUGAAAAUGAACGAAGCAGUACAGUUGUUUGAGGGGCAGUUGUCUGUCAUAACUAGACCACUUGCAAAACAGCUUGGUGCAAAAGAAGUCUUGGUUAAGGUAAGCUAUGCUGGUGUCUGUGGUACUGAUUUGCAUAUAAUAAGUGGAGAAUUUCCUGCAUCAAAAUCUGCUUUUGUUCUGGGACAUGAAUUUUGUGGUGUUGCAGAAGACAUUGGGACUGAAGUAAAUCAUGUCAAGCCUGGUGACAGGGUCGUGGUGAAUCCAAGCAGUAAUUGUGAUGUAUGCAACUACUGCACAAGGGGUGAUCCUCAUUUUUGCCAAGUUGGGGGGAUACGCUCAUACAUUGGAAUUUGGAAAAAUGGUGGUUGGGCAAAAUAUUGCAAGGUUUCUGCAGUUUUAGUUCAUCCACUACCAGAAGAAAUCCCUAUGUCGAUGGGAGUUCUUUGCGAGCCAUUCUCAUGCAUUGUGCGUGGCUUUGAAAAUAUGGAGCCCAUAAGAUCUGAUUCAAGUAUCCUAGUUUGUGGAGCUGGUAUCAUCGGGUUGCUCUUCUCCUCAAUAUUUCACUUUCGAGGAUUUCGCGAUUUCGUCGUUAUGGAUACAUCAGAAAAGCGACGAACAGCGGCGUGCAAUUUGGGGCUAGGCCUAAAAGUCAUGCAUCCUGAUCACCUUUUCAACCAGUAUCAAGAAGCAAAACGAGACGGCAACGAAGACUGGGGCUUUGAUAUCAUUGUUGACUGUACUGGGUCACCCAAGGCCAUAGAACAGGAAUUCCUUUACACUCGCAGAGGUGCUAAGUUGGUGCUGUUUGGCUGCUGUCCACAAAACUCCGAGAUAAAGAUAGACCCGUUUGAAAUCUAUAACAAAGAACUGGUGAUAGUCGGCUCUCAUAUCAACCCAAAUACGUUUCCCAAAGCCAUUAAAAUGGUUAAAGAAAUGGGAGCCCUUGGAUACCUGGAUUUUCAAAAACUAUGCACGAAAAUAUUCUCAUUGCAAGAUUACCCAGCUGCUCUUGACGCUCUACGAAAGGGAGAAAUUGCAAAGGCCGUUUUUGAAAUCAACAGUGACACGAAGUAAAUUUUGCUGCAGCUAAUCUCAAGCUUUUAGGAUAGCCUGAUUUGAUGAUUUCGCUUCAAUGUAUUUUCAAUUCAUGCUUGUGCAAAGCAAUACAAUAAUUUAGGUAAGGGAUGUCAAGCUCGAAGACCCGCCUUAUUUCGCCUCGGGUCUUUUUUUACACAGGCUAUUCAAGUGCAAACAGUACUUACUAACAAAGCGAUCUAAUAUUUUUCACUAAAAAGCUGUUCGAAUUUAUUUUCAUCCAAAAAAUAUAGACUGGCAAUCAAUAUUCAAGUUCUUAAGAGAUGCUUUGUUUGGUAUUUUCAGUGGUUUUUAAUUUUUUAUGCCUUGACUCGGACCAGGCAUUGCGUAUUGGUCCUUUUUGUUAUUGAGUUUGACAUCCCUGUAAUAGUUAAUGUAGCCUUGCUUAUGCUAAUUGCUGGCCUUCUGGCAUCCUUUUGCUUAACAUCAAUGCGUAUUGUGGUACUUUUUGGCAGACAUUUUCGUAGUAGAUACGACGAAGAAUUUUUGUAAUAAAAACGAAGAACGAUUGUCCAUAUCACUGUCAUAUCAGGUAGUUGCUCAAGUACGUUUAAAUUUUAGGUCUAUCACUGGAGCUGAGUCUAGAAACGUUUUAAAAGUUUCUUCAAACCAAUAAUCUUAAGCUUUUAUAGCUUGAAUCAACGAAGCAAGUAAAAAGUAUAUGUUGCUUUGGUCUCACUUAUUGAUAGUUCGUUAUGAAUAUACCCAAUCGAUAGUUUGUCCCCAUCAUAUUCUGCUCAUUUGGUUUUUCAAAAGAAAAGUGACAACAGAUUUUAGCUACAAGGACAUGAAGUAUUGGAUACAAUGGUGAUAAAAUAAUAACAACAAUAAGACGCUGGAACUGUUUAUAACAAGCUAGGUGCUACCUAUCUGAGAAAAUUACACCAACACAAUCUGUAUACCGAUGGACCAAUCAACUCAUUGCCUGCACCCCUGCUCAAAGGUCGCAAUCCACAGUGGUGGCUGUAGGCUGCUUUAAAUUAAGGAAAGAUAAGGGAGUGGGGCUGCCAAGCACUUGUUACUUAUCUUUUUAUCUUUUUCGUAUUUGAAAUGAAAAGAUACUGAAUGCAGUUUCUAUCGUUCUUUCUUGAUUCUCAAUCUGCAUCGUUUCUAACUUUAACAAACUCAACAGAAAAGUUGUCUUGGUCAAGAAUCUUCUUAAGAAUGAAACACGAAUGACAUUAGGAGCAGAAUCGUAUUUUUUAAAAGAAUAUCGAAGCUCAGCAAAAACAAAAGUACUCAUCUAAAGGAGUAGUGUAAAUUAGCAAUAUGUGUUGAUGAAAAUGGGCGCGAGCCACAAGCCUUGAGUACAAAACAAGUCUGGUGAGAGCUGUUAUAAGACGAACAAUACACUGAAUACCGCAAGCAUGAAAGGUGUUAAUUGCUAGGUCGCGCUAAAAUCACUUGCAAAGCAUCGCCUAUGGUAUUUUCAAGCACGUAUGUUAGGUGAUACUGCCUCUAUCUAGGUGCCAACUGCUAACAUCCCAAAGUGCUAUACUCCCGCUUUUACCUAACACGAUUUCACACUUAUUUAUAAGCAUGCUUUACUUUAUAGUGAGCCUUAAAAAUACUUGAUAUUUUCAAUUUCUGUUCUUUUAAAAAGAAUAUGAAAUGCUUCUUUUAUUCUGUUUUUGAGAGGAAAAUUAUUCCUAGAUCAGUCUUUGAACCGGGACAGCGUUUGAAUUUGGUAAGUGUCAAGAAAGAAAAAUCAUUUUUGCUGCUUUCUUUUUGUCAUAACGAAACCAGAACAUAUCUAGUCUUAACUCGACUUUGAAUGUAAAUCGAAAGUGUGAAAAAGAAACUUGGGUACAUUAAAAUUCGAAAUAUCAAUAAAAUUUAAGUCUGGCGUUUAUUCUUAGUUAAUUAUCUGAUUAAAACAGUUUCCAGCCUCAAUAUUCUUAUAAAGCGAAUUCUUAAAAAAAUUAACAAUCUUUUUAUG